AGAUCCCAGCUCCUCCAGAAGGUCGCAUCUGAAAUAGCAACGAUUGCCAGCGGAUUCUACGCAUUUGCCGAGGCAAGAAGUCUAUGAUAUAAUAAUGUCGCGCUCUCUGAGUCGCUGGGUAAUGGGACCCAAAAGACUGACGCCGCUGCGCGGACUCCUGGGCGCCACCUCGUCCUCCUCCUGCACCUCGCUAAUCCCGGUGGCCGGCUACUCGAAGCGCAACGGGCCGCCCUCGGAUGCCGGCGAGCCGUUCAAGACGGUCUCCAAGUCGCGGGACCUCGACGGCGACGAGGAGCUGAACAGUUUGGAGAGCGAACCCAACUGGGAGCUGACCGCCGCCCGGAGCAACCGCUUCUACCUGCCCCAUGCGACGGGACCCGCCUGGCAGGGCGACACCACCACCGUUGGCCUGCUGACGCCGCUCGCCCAGCUGGUCAACUUCCUCAAGGAGUCGAAUGCGGACAAGGCGCAGCUGGAGUUCGCCUGCUGCCAGUGCCCCCUGCUCAUCCGCGAGUCGCUCGUCGAGCUCUUCCCCGUGCGCGUCGUGGCGCAGCGGGACUCGUCCAUCACCAUGCUGGUCUUGAGCUACGACGGGGAUAUCGAGAUGGGCGCCGCCAAGUUCGUGCUUGCUGCCCGGGACAUGUGCGAUCGCCUGCUGUCGCUGGGCUAUUGGGCGGACUUCCUGAAUCCGUUCAGCGGACGACCCUACUUCCUGCCGCGCGACGGGGCCAAGUUGUACAAGCAGGACCACCGCUUCCGGGGAAUCAACAUGCGGCUGUCGCAGCAGAACCACUGCACCGUGAUUGCCGCCGAGGAGAACGAUCGCACCCGCUUCUCGGGCACCAUUUACUGCACGGCGCCGAAUCACUACGAGCAGCUGGUGGAGCUCCUAGUGCCGCCGCCGCCACGCAAGGCGUCCCAAUGACGCAGGCUUCCCAGGGGAAGUCUGUUUUAGUGAUGAGAUGACUGUGUUAACUGUUUAGGUUUUCUGUUCCGACACUGUAUAUAGCUUGUGUUAUAUAUGCUGCGAAAUAUAUUGGAUAAGAGUUGUUGAAA